UUGUUUUUAGCAACCGUUGCACAAACUGAGGCUUUCUCUCGAAUGCGCUUUCUCUCCGUGGCUGUGUGCACACAAAGACACACAAACACACUCACACAUAUGUACAUAGAUGCGGAGAAAUAGAAUGCCAAAAUAAAACACGGAAUUGUUGGUUUGCCUCCUUUCGCAUGUGAUUGAAUAACCCAUCAGUGCCAAGUGCAAACUGCAGUCGCACCGUUGCCGUUAUACGUACGUUUCGUUGUCAAUUUGAGGCGCUCGAAAAAUGUUUUCACUUUCUCGCCACGCACUGUGGGCACGAAAUUUCGCACUUAUUGCUAACAAGUACAGGUGCAACUUGAUUCAAUUGAAAACGGGAGCCAUCGCUGUCUCUGCACUUCCAAACGUGCGUGCCUUUGCUGAUUCACGUCAGGGCAACGGUGACAACAGCAACAACGGCAAGACGACAAAUUCUAGCGGACUCAAAGCCAACAUGGAGAAUAAAAGCGAAAAGAUUACCGUAAACAAGGAGGAACUGCGCAAACGUCUAACGCCGCUGCAGUAUCAGGUUACACAAGAGGCGGGCACCGAGCGCCCCUUCACAGGUUGUUACAACAAGCACUACGAGAAGGGCGUAUAUCAAUGCAUUGUCUGUCAUCAGGAUCUGUUCAGUUCGGAUACCAAAUACGAUUCGGGCUGUGGCUGGCCAGCAUUCAACGAUGUGCUCGAUAAGGGCAAAGUCACACUGCAUCGCGAUGCCAGUAUACCAGGGGGCAAUAUUUUACUACUAAUUGCACAUCCAGAACGCAUACGCACCGAGGUACGCUGCGCCCGCUGCAACGCCCACAUGGGACACGUGUUCGAGGAUGGACCCAAGCCCACACGCAAGCGCUACUGCAUCAACUCGGCGUCCAUUGAGUUUGUCCAAUCGGAGCCAACGUCAUUGACAACGACGUCGGCGCAAGCCUUAAGCCCCCAGGGCACGCCUAUUGCGCAGCAGUAAGAGAGAAGAUGCCUGCAAGGAACGACUGGGAUGAAACAAUCAACGAAUACGAAAUAUGUGCGAAAGAGUCUAACCUCAAUGUUGCUGUUAAGAGUUUUUACAUGUAUUUUCUAACUUUCCGUAAAUGUGGCCAAUAAUUUCUAGCAUAGUCUAUUGAUAUAUAUUUUGACGAAUGGGCAGCUGCCCAUACAAAUUGUUCACAAAGAAAAAAUAACUAUACUACUUCGUCUGUUUGUGUAAAUAGCUAAACGUUUCUCUUUUACUUUGUUAUACAUAUGCGUACAUACAUAAAUACUUUGUAACACUCUCACUCACACACACACACACACACACACACACACAAACAAUUUUAAAAUGUGUGCGCUAAUAAACGUGUAUUUUUUACAAUAUACAAAAAUCAAUUGCA